GGACACUUGCAGUCUGGCAUUAAUGAUGUAGAGCAUAAUGUUUUUGUGACAGUCACCAUUCUAUUUUCAAAACCUGUUUUCAAAGGUGCUGUUUUCAUUGUUCCCACGGCAACCUUAAAAAUGUCAUGAUGAAAAUUCAUUGGGCUCCCAUCGAGCAUGGCUGUUUCUAUAGCAACGAGAAGAGAGAUGGAUGAGUAAGAGACAGUGAUUGUGCAUGUGUGUGCAUGGUAUGUGAGAAAGUGACUAAGAAAAAGCAAAAAUAAUGAAAGGAGUAAAAGGUGAAAAAAUGUAAAGUAGGUUGUAGCAUAUGAACAAGAGAUUGCAAUACUAAUUAGUGGUCUGUGUUUCUUUCUAAUGGAUUUAUUAUGGAUAGCAGGAAAGACAAUGAGUUAAAAGACUGGGAUGUCUAAUCUGCUUUGACAUUUGAACUGUAUUUCUGUGACACUCCACUGUCUCCAGUGUGACCUCCCACCCCAAUCCUCACCCUUAACAACGCCCUCUCAUCUCCUCCUCAAGCCCUCCCUCCACUGAGGAUUUGUCUCUCACUGGCAGAGCCUGUGGUUUGUAAUCAGAUGACAGUAGGCGAUAAUCCAACACUACACUCACUUGUGCUAGGUUUUGUGUACUUCUUCAAGAGCACGCAGGAAGAGACGAGAAACGAAGGAGGAGGGGAAAGAGGGACUGAUGUGAAAGCUUUCCAGACGUUUGGAAUGUGGGAGUCUGAAGAGGUGUCCUGAUCGACUCCGUCUGUCACUGUCACUCAGCAGCAGAGUGUGUCUACCUGUGUGUGUGUGUGUAUAAGUGAAGUACACAUGUGGGCCUAAUCCUAAAGCUCAGCUUGUUCUAAGCCAACUGUAAUCUGAUCGGUUUUUCAAAAUGACACAGGAAAAACACUCUGAACCUGGACUCUACCUCCCUAGCAACCAUCUUGGUUUUGCCCGAUCAGAGAUGGAGCUUGAUCAUGAGCACCCAAUUAUCUCCUUAUCUAAGAGUUUCUCAGACAUGGCCAGUGGUCCUACUCAGCGAACGGAUCUAGCCAGGUACCGGCAACAUCUCCGCAAAACUGUCAGCAAUGCGGGCUACCCUCAGAGACCAGUUGUAACAGGAAGAUCUGUCACAGGCAUGCCUUCAUCUUUGGAGCUUGAGAAAUGUAGCAUAGCUAUAGGUGGUGUUAAUACCAGACCAGAGACUGUUUUCUGUUGUGGGCAAGCUACACAGCCCUGGAACAUCAGUGAGGACUCACAGCAAGCAUACGCUGCCGAAAGGUGUGCACCAUGUUCCCCAUCCAUGAACAGGAUAGGCUGUCUAGAGGGUAGGGAGUCAUGUUGCCAAUGUUACAAAGAGGAAAACUUGAAAGCCAGUACCAAAAUGGUUUAUGGGAGGUUGUCUCCAGCUCUAGGCACCAGGCUCCAUCUUAGGAAUACACACAGCCCUGCACAUCAAGGGAUGGGUGAUGAACAUUGUACGCAGAGUCCCUUUAAAGAUGAGAGGCAGCAUUUACCAGCAUGCAGGUCUGCAUGUGUUAAUAAUGCACUGAAUGCUGGUUCCUUCAAAAAAACUUGUCAUGUUGUGCCCUGUCAUGGACAUUUAUUACCUUUACCAGCCUGUACAGGAAGUCCUUGUUUACCCGAAAGGUCACUACUCCAUUCACCUUGGCAUGGUUUUCCACCCCUGGUGUCAUCUGUCAGUGAGACGAGAUUAAACAGGUCUGCAGGUCACUGCUGUGGACCUGAAACACAUGGGACGAACAUUUCUACUGUCAGACAACAACAAAAUAGACAGUCUGGGAUUGUCCAUCGGACAGUAAGAGAUGCCUGCAACAUGACAUCUCAAAAGAACUUUAGAGAAGUUGGUGUGCAAACCAUGUCUACAGAUUCCCUUAUUUCUCCUCUCUCUAAUACUUUCCCUGAGAUCAGUAUAACAACUCAUCCAUGUUCAAACACAAGUCCAGAUGGAGAUGAUAUGGAGACCAGGAUCUCAGUAAAGGAGGUGGAAUGGGAUGCAGAGGGAAUGACAUGGGAGGUCUAUGGGGCAGCUGUAGACCCAGAGGAGCUUGGCCUGGCCAUCCAGCGUCAUCUAGAGCUUCAGAUCAAAGAAACAGCAGCCGCUGCUGCUGCUCAGAAGAAAACAACUGCAGAGAAUAACUGUGCCUCAAUGCAACAAAACAACCGACAAAGAAAGAAUGAAAAUAUGGUACGAUUAUUGUGUGGUCCAGCAUGCUUUUCUCAGUCCACUGCUGUCGAAGACUGAGGAAAUAAAUGAAAUUGUAAGCCUAUAAGCAUGUAAACUGCCUUCUUUACCUCUUAAUUACUUUUUUGAAUUAAUAUUCCAGAUGACAUCUAAGUACAGGGUAUGUGUCUGUUCAUCCCUUAAAGUCCCAGCUUAUUAAUCAUUUAUAACUCUCGAAGCAGAGAACUAAUAUAUUUUCUGAGGAAAUUUGAAGUGGCAAGAUUCUGGAGGUUUACACUCAGGAACAACUGAACGGCAAUACUUGAAAUUAACGUACGCAUGUAUAUUGUACCUGAGUAAAAUCUGGACCUGGUAAAUGUAUCUGGAGAAAAUGGGUAACAUGAUAGGACAAUUGGCUAUAAACAAUCAAAAUGCUCUUUCAGAUUUACUGUAAAGUACAGAUUAUAAUUAAUUGGUUACAUUUAGUAUUUGUGCUUUGACAGAACAAAUAAGAUUCUGAUAUCUAUUAUGCUUUACAUUCUUACUGCUAGCAGGUAUUGAUUAAAUGUACAUGCUUUAUUUCAAACAUAACAUAAGAUUUUAUCGGCAAGCUGGUGGUGAUGUUUUAUUUAUUUUUUAAUACUGUUCAGAAACAUAAACACAGACAUUGUUAAGUUUUUGGUGUAAUGAAGACAUUAUAGUUUACAUUAAUUACUUACAAACCAUAAAUCACAAAAACAAAUGGAAACCAUGUCUACUGAUUUGCCCGUUUCUCUUCACAAUGUGUUUCCUCAUUAAUAAUUCAUGCUUUGUAGGAAGUUAUUCAAAAAUGUUUCAAAAUUGUUUUUUUAAAAUUGGAAAAUUCAACUGGACAGAGGUGAUUGUUCGGUAUUGUUCGAAACACAUUCUAAAACUAUUAAGGAAUUAUCACCUACAUUCAGGGUCAUAGUUUCAUGACACAAUCUUCUUACUGUGUAUUUUAUUGUCACUAUCUAUAUUCAAGGGAAGAGUAAACUGAAGCAUUAAUUGCAGAAUCAAUUAUGGUUCUUUAAAUUUGUGUGGUGAAAAAGCUAUAACAGGUCAUUGAUGAAUGCAUUUGUGUAUAAUGUGUGUGUGUGUGUGUGUGUGUGUGUGUGUGUGUGUGUGUGUGUGUAUUUUGCCAAUUCUGGUCAAAUCUCAGAAUGUACUCACAGCUUUAUUCUUUUGCCAAAGCAAAUCAUACCUUUCUUUAGACCACAGCAUUGUGAUUCACUGUCAAUAGAUAAACAAUAUAAUAAUCUAAAAGGUCUAAUAAAAAUGAUCUUAAUAUAUGUUACUCAAUGGAAGUGUGAACAACAGCUUUUGUCUGCAUAAGUGCAACAAUAAAUUGUUUGGAAAAA